AGAGGCAGAGAGAACCUGAAAGGCAUUGAGAUCAGGAGACAGUAGGAGGGAGGGAGGGAGAGAGAGAGGGAGGGAGAAACAAAAAAGAGAGGGCUGCGUCUUCUCGUCACGUCCGGAGACAUCCCCAACAUGAUCGUCCGGCUCCCAGCUCGGAGCCCCCAGUGAAGGGGCCCCUGCUCCCUGUGUCUCCCCCUCUCUCCUCCCCCCUCUCUUUUCCUUCUCUCCCCCUCUCUAUCCUUACCUCUGCCCCCUCCCCCCCGCACUGUCACCCCCUACCCCCAUCUCUGGCUGCCUGUAGCCCCCCACCCUUCCGCACCCCCUCACCAUGGGCUGCAUAGGAUCCCACAGUACAGGCAGUGAUGGGGCAGCUCUGGAAUGGAAGGGUUUUAAAGAUGCGGAUCAAGGGACUACUGAGAACAGCUCAGUGCAUGGAAGCAGCACCCACAGACCUUCUAAUGAGACCCGAACAGACUUCUCCUGGGACGGGAUUAAUCUGUCCAUGGAAGAUACCACCUCGAUCCUUCCUCGACUGAAGAGACAUUCCAAUGCCUAUGGAAUUGGUGCUCUCGCCAAAUCUUCUGUCAAAGGUGUCUCUCGCACGAUGAAGGAUCACGUCACUAAACCAACAGCUUUAGGUUCUGGCCGAGUAGCUCACAUGAUAGAGUGGCAAAGCUGGGGCCAACCACCACCACCAACUAACGAAAGCACCAGGAUGGACAGUGAUGCAUACUCAGAUCUGAGUGAUGGCGAGAAAGAAGCACGGUUUCUGGCUGGUGUAAUGCAACAGUUUGCUAUUUCAGAGGCAACGCUCAUGGCUUGGUCAUCGAUGGAUGGGGAAGAGGAAAGUGUUAACUCAAACCAAGAAAGACAAAGUGAAACUUACCAGGAACUUCUAGAAAACCAGGAUAAUCUUGCACAGACACACUCUGACUGCUGGCCUCACUCCUAUGUGUCCCAAGGACUCUACUGUCUCGGCUCCUCUGAAGCUUGGGCCAGCAGUGAGCAGUCUCUGACCGUGUCUCCGGCACCGACAGGUGGGGUAAUAACAAACCCUGGGCCUGAGGGUGAGGAAAAGCAGCUGGAGGAUAUCUGUGAAAUUUCCCACAAGUUGAUACAGUCUAAGAUCUCCCCAUCUGAAGAUGACGAUGCUCUCUGCCAUGAUCUGCAGUCUCUUUCUCCAACACGUGAGUGCGACAGCCCCCCACAAAGCCGAAAAGUUUCCGAUGUUGCCACAUCCGGAGUGCAGUCUGGAGAGGAGGAAGAGGAGAGAGAAAUGGAGAACUGACUCACUGUGUGAGAAAGAGAGAGAGGACCAGGAGGAAGGGAAAGAAAGAGAAGACAAGUGUGAGCUCUGGGCAUCAUUUCUCAAACUGUCUCAGCAGAAUGAAUGGCGGCAGAAUUAUAAAAACAUACAGUAGGUUAUGUCGGUGUGGGGCUAGCAGAGUGCUCUGCAGUGUCAGCACAGCUGUCACACUGCGAAGUUAGCUCCAGCAUUUCUUCAUGGCACUGUGAUAUCGGUACCAAUGCACUGCAGUGUCCAUUCCAGAAUUUACCUAACACACUGCAGUGUCAGUACUGGUGUUAGGCAGAGCACUGCACAUAAUAGGGCUACACAACACACUGCCGUUUUGGUACUGUUGGCUAGAGAGUGCACUGCAAUAUGUGAAACUUUUUUAAUGUGAGGACAAUGAAGGUAGGUGGCCCAAACCAUUGGCCUACCUAGUCCCCUGUGGGACAUUAGUCUUCUCUACCCAUAGGGGUGUGUUAAGAGAAGACCCUUAGUUUCAAAACUAGGCCAUAAUCCCAAGCAAAGCAACACGACCUCAAAACACAACGAAGGAAAAACUCCAUUUGCUUUCAACGGGAUUCCUUCUCGACAAAGGGCGCUGUUGUUUUGCUUUUGGUAUGAGUCUGUCUGCAUAAUCUGGCCGUUCUUCAUUCCGGUUUGUAGGACUUUAAUUUGAUGACAUGAGAAAGUCCAUGUAAUACACUGUGAGAUAUAUUUCACAAGGUCUCAAAGGAUAAAGCAAACCCUUACAGGUAUUCACAGCACGGUUUCCAUGGUUUCUGCUGUCUAGUGGCUGUGCCAUGCAACCCGAUAUGCAGUACAGUGCCAAGCACACUGACUGUGGCUCUACAUGUACACAGGCCUUGGGCUAAAGACCUUUGGAAGCAUUGACAAACCCCCUGAGGGGCUCUUUACACCGCUGUAUUGACAGUUUGAUAAAUGAUACCCAUUUUGUGAGACCGUGAAUGUCAGUUCCUUCACACAUGCAGGUUGUCUCUCUUGCUGUCUUCUCUUGCUGUCUCUUGGCAUGUCAAGCUUCCACUCUCACGCCUGUCUCUACCUGUACAGAGUGAGCUGUUUCAUCAGCCACACAGAAUAAAAGAGAAGACUGAUAUUUGGGGGGUUCUCGCAUGCCUUAAAGUGACCACCCCAAAACUGCCUAAACCAUUGCCAAUACCCCAGAAACUACAUUCCUGCCAAAGACCCACAGAGCAUCACUUUAUUAACCCCCUCCCUGCCAAAGAUGUACUCCCCAGGUGGAUGCAGAGCAUUGCUCCAAGCAUGCGUUCUCUGUCUAAUGUAUACAUGCAUCAAUUUAUACUUCUGCCUGAAAAGCAUUGCGCCACGGCCCCUUUUAACGGCCCACAGAGCAUUGAUUAGCGAUAAUAUUGUUUAUUUUUCUAUUCAUUUAUCGUGGUGAUCGGCUGCAGAGCAUUGCAACAUUAAUCCCCCCCUUCAUCCAAAUUCAGAGCAUUUAUUCUUCACCACUAGAAAUAUUGAGGAUAAUGUUAUUUCCUGCUUAUUGAGUUUAUUGAGAAGGUCCUGUCUGCAUGUUACAAAAAAAAUCAAAAGCAUAAAUGUCAAGACAGUUCUCCAUAACAGUUUAAAACCCCAUAGACUGUAAGCUCGUCCCAUAGACUGUGAGCUCGUCCUAUAGAUUGUGAGCUCAUCCAAUAGACUGUGAGCUUGUCCAAUAGACUGUGAG